UUCUCGCUUCGCCGUUGUAGUCAUGGCGGCGGCGGCGACGGCGACGAGUACGACGGCGACGGCGCUGCUCUCCAUCUCGAAUGCCUGCGAGUCCAUGCUCAAACUCAAGCUUAUCCAUGCCCGCCUGAUUCGCUUCGAUCUUCACGAUCACCGCAUUCUCGCCAAGCUCUUCCGCUUCGCCGCUGUCUCCCCUGCCGGCAACCUCCGCUACGCCACGCUCCUCUUCUCCUACCACCAUUGCAUCAGAAGCAACAGCACCACUGCGUUCUUCUACAAUACCCUCAUCCGGGGCUUCGCCAAUUCCUCCGACCCCUCAAAGUCCUUCACCCUCUUCAAUUCAAUGCGCCGCCGUUCCAUCUCUCCUGAUCCUUUCUCCUUCACCUUCAUCCUAAAAGCGCGCUCCCGGUGCCUCUCCAACAUGGCCGGGGAUGUCCAAGCUCAGGCGCUUAAGUUUGGAUGCCUCGGUCCUCACCCUUCCCAUGCUGACGUCCACAAUGCUCUCAUUCAUCUCUACGCCUUGGCCGAUCCUGCCUCUGCUCAGCAGGUGUUCGACGAAAUGCCUGAACCAGAUGUUGUCUCAUGGUCCGGCUUACUUUCUGCUCAUCUGAGAGUCUCUGAUCUUGAUAAUGCGCGGAAAGUUUUUGAUGGAAUGCCUGAACGAGAUGUUGUGUCUUGGACUGCCAUGAUUUCUGGUUACACUCGCGCUCAACGCGCGAAGGAUGCUCUGAAGCUAUUCCAGUUGAUGCCAAUGCAGCCAGACGAGGUCACCAUGAUUGCUGUCAUCUCUGCUUGCACGUCCCUCGGUGACUUGGAAGCCGGUGAGGGUAUUCGCCGCUACAUCAAUGACAAAGGUUUCGGUUGGAUGGUCUCACUAUGCAAUGCACUGAUUGACAUGUACGCCAAGUGUGGGUGUCUCAAGAGUGCACGACAAGUGUUUGAUGAAACGAAGAACAAGAGCUUGAUCACUUGGAACUCAAUGAUCUCGGCCUAUGCAGCGCACGGGGCAGCAGAUGCUGCCAUUAAACUGUUUGAUGAAAUGUCUGCAGCUGGUGUGAAGCCAGAUGGAGUUAGUUUUCUUGCAGUGCUUAGCGCGUGCACACAUCAAGGCCUAGUAAGCGAAGGGCAGAGACUUUUUGCGGCAAUGCCGGAUAACCAUGUGGCUGUCGGAGUGGAGCAUUAUGGUUGCAUGGUGGAUAUGUUAGGCCGAGCAGGGCUAUUGGAAGAGGCAUACCAAUUGAUAGAGAGCAUGCCAAUGCCGAGCAAUGAUGUUAUCUGGGGAGCAUUGCUUGGUGCUUGUAAUAUCCAUGGCAAUGUCAGGAUUGCGGAAAAGGCAGUGGAGAAGGUAAAGCAAUUGAAGAGUGGCAAAGGUGGUUACUAUGUGAUCUUGAGCAACAUGUAUGCAGCCUCUGGCCGGCGAGCUGAGGCCUCAAAUAUGAGGCAGAACAUGGAGCAAAUGGGGGCUCGAAAGACUCCGGGUGUCAGUAGUAGCUGGGCAUCAACUCCCUGCCAGGACAUUGAUCAAAGAUUGUUUGAUCUUCAAAGGAACAUCAAUUAAUCCAUGGAUGAAUGGAAGAGAAGGAAGUGAAGAAAAGCUUGAGAGAAAAUGGAACUCAUUCAUUGAAUUGAAUUGAAUUAUUACAGCUGUAUAUAUAAAAGCAUUGUAACUAACUUGAUGACGUGGCUUAUUACAUGGAUGCUAAGUCAUCAACAAUCAACUAUCUUAAUUAAAUUUAGAAAAAUAAAAGAAACAGAGUUUUUAGCAUAUCUCCAAAAACUAAAAACCCAUCUC